AUGAAACUAUUUAUCGCCUUCGCUGCCGUCAUUUUGAGUGCCAGUGCUUUGUCUAACAGUGAGCAUUGGGAAAGCUUCAAAGUCGAACAUGGCAAAGUUUACAAGAACCCAAUUGAAGAAAGAGUCCGCUUCUCAGUUUUCCAGUCAAACUUGAAACUCAUCAAUGAACACAACGCCAAAUACGAACAAGGACUUGUAGGCUACACAAUGGGUGUCAACCAGUUCGCUGACAUGACCCCAGAAGAGUUCAAAGCUAAGCUCGGUAUGCAAGCUAAGAACAUCCCUAAGAUCAAGAAAACCCCUCAUGUUCAAGAUGUACGCGCUGAAGUUCCAGACUCCAUUGAUUGGAGACAAAAAGGUGCCGUAUUGGCAGUUAAAGAUCAAGGAAACUGUGGAUCCUGCUGGGCUUUCAGUGCUACUGGUUCCCUUGAAGGACAAAACCAUAUCAUCAAUGGCAAAUCAGUAGGUCUUAGUGAGCAGGAACUUUUGGAUUGUUCCACAGACUACGGAAAUGGCGACUGCGAUUACGGUGGUCUUAUGACCAGCGCUUUCGAAUACAUCGAGGACCACGGAAUCGAAUCUGAGUCUAGCUAUCCCUAUGAAGCCGAACAAAGAAGCUGCAGACGCAGUGAUGGCAAAGCUGAAUUGAAGAUCCAAGGUUACAAAGAACCUGCAGCUAAUGAAGAAGCUUUGAGACAAGCUGUUGGUACUGUUGGUCCAAUUUCUGCAGCCAUCUACGCCGAACCAAUCCAAUUCUACUCACGUGGUAUCUUUGAUAAUAAACAGUGCGUCAACAAUGUCGACUACUUGGAUCACGGAAUCCUUGUCGUAGGAUACGGUGAAGAAAACAACACACCCUACUGGAUUGUUAAGAACUCAUGGGGAGCAAGUUGGGGAGAACAAGGUUACUUCAGGCUGCAAAGAAAUGCUCAUUUGUGCGGUUUGGCUUUGAUGACCAGUUAUCCAGUUUUGUAA